UUUCAAAAUUGAGUGCACAUGGUUUUUGUAUAUAUGUAUUAUGAAGUUCUAUACUCCUCAAGGUAUGUGUAUUAGUAUAGUCUGAGUAUCACAGAGAGCAAAGGUAUUUUUUGUUAUAGCUUCUCUGGCCCUUUAAUAAUUUUGACACUGUUAUCAAAUUUCUGUGGUAUAAGCUACCUGUUGUUAGCCGAUUCCUGAUUGGCUGAUGGCCUUUUACUAUAAUGCACACUUCUGGUGUAUAGUAUGAAUUUGUUACAUUUUGGACUACUUAAACUCUUGAUUUUUCUUGUUGACUUAUUAAACCUGCUGAUUUGGGUGUUUGAUUGUGACAAAUUUAAGUGGGAAUUAUUUACAUGAUUAUUUAAUCCAGCAAACAUUUUAUGAAGUGCUGUAAUAGUUUGUUUGUUCAUAUAGUAGGAGAUGUAUAUGUGAUGCUGCAGUUUUUACAUUUGCUGAAGGAGGCUUAUUUUUGAUUGAUGUUAAGACAGAGUUUGGAGCAGUUGUUUUAAUGAUUUGGUGAUAAAAGAGUGAAAGAGAUGCAUUGGCAAAUACCAAAAUAAUAUGACAGAGGGCAUGAAAUUUGAAGAAAGUUUUCAGAAUUGCAGAGAUUAAAAAGUUGUCAUUUUUUUUAAUGGAUGAAGAAUUCUGAAGUUCGCCUGGCAGGUUAUGAUAAACAUUAAGAGAGAGAGAGUGAGAGCCCUCUGAGAAAUAGAUGUAUGCCAGAAAUUAAAUGUAGCCAAACACUUCUUACUGACAAAACGAUUUCAUUCAUAUCAUGAGUAAUUAAUUGUAAUUCAAGGUAUGAUACGAGAAACAUUUGCAAAAAAACUCAGCAUUUCAAACGAAAGAAAAACUGCAAUAGAGAGAAAAGCUUGAUAGAAAAAAAGAGAGGGGAAUCUUGAAAUCAUAAAAACCAGAUCAGAAAAAUGUGAAGAGAAGAUGUUGAAGAUAAUGUUUAUACUAUGAAUGGAUUAUAUGAGACUUGAAUGAAACAAUGAUCAUUGCAAGUGUGUGGAGUUUCUGCUAUAUAUGUACGUUUAUGAAGGUAGCAUUAAUCUCAGGGGCCAAAGUCAGUGAAGAUUACCAACUUGUCUUUCCCAUUAUCGUUGACCAUAAUGGCAGCUUCCUCUCACACUGGAACAGUACUCACAGCUCUCAACAUCACAGAUCAACCAAACAACUUCAUCUCAACAUCACAGGCUUCAACCAAACAUUCCGUCUCCAUCUUCAUACCUCAUCCAGUAUACUGGCUCCAGGCUUUAAAGUGUACUAUCGUCAUGGUAACAGUAACCAUAGUAACGAGGCUGAAGAGCACUCUAGUGGCUGUGAAUUCAAAGGAAGACUGCUGUCUCACUCCACCGAGGUAGCAUUAUCCUUGUGUGGAGGUGUGACAGGAAUUUUGAGAACAGCAGAUGAUGAUUAUGUGAUUGAGCCUCACUCUGAGACAAUGCCACUACAGAAGGGAGCCACAGAAUCUCAGCAAGCCCACAUCAUGUACAAACGCUCCACCAUAGCACAAAAUACUCCUCAUUUCUAUGAUAGCCAAACAUAUUAUCCACAUCAUGAAAAUACCAACAGAUAUUUUAAUCCCACAAGGAGGAAACGUCACUCCGCAAAGCGAAUUUCCCGAGGUGUGCGGGAGAAAUCAGUGGAGAUAUUAGUCGUUGUAGAUAAAUAUGUAUAUUGGAAACAUGGAAGACAAAACAUCACAACAUACAUACUCAGCAUAUUCAAUAUUGUAUCUCAGUUGUUUCAGGACAAUUCUUUAAGUUAUAAAGUUAACAUUAUAUUAGUGGGACUCAUUGUACUGGACAAUGAAGAGCCAGGACUUCAUAUUACUCAUCAUGCAGAUAAGACAUUGAAUAGUUUCUGCCAGUGGCAGGCUGUAAUAGGGGGCCGUCGUCAUCGGCAACACGAUCAUGCAAUUCUACUGACCGGCCUUGACAUUUGUGCUCACAGAGACUCACCAUGUGAUACUCUGGGUUUUGCUCCGAUCAAAGGUAUGUGCAACAGACUACGGAGCUGUAUUGUGACGCAGGACACAGGGCUCUCUACUGCAUUCACCAUUGCGCACGAGAUUGGGCACAAUUUUGGAAUGUUCCAUGACGGUACAGACAACAACUGCCACCAGAGUUCAGGGACCAUCAUGUCCCCCACCCUCAGCUCCAAGACAGGGACUUUUACCUGGUCCAGGUGUAGCAAUGAAUACCUGGCCCGAUUCUUCAACACUCUACAAUCGGACUGCCUGGCAGAUGAACCAGUCCGAGUGUCCUCCCUUAGAUUCCCUGACAAGCUUCCUGGCCAGAUCUUUGAUGCAGACACUCAGUGUAAAUGGCAGUUUGGACAGCAUGCCAGACUCUGUAUCUUUGAAUUUGGAAAGAGAGAAGUCUGCCAGAAGCUGUGGUGUUACAAAGGAGGUCAGAUGUGUGAGACCAAGUUCUUGCCGGCAGCAGACGGCACGUCAUGUGGUCAUGGUAUGUGGUGUAAGCAGGGUAAGUGUGAGUCCUUUGGCAGACGGGGCCCGAUACCUGUGGAUGGGGGUUGGUCUGAGUGGAGCCAGUGGUCCUCCUGCUCCCAGAGCUGUGGGGGCGGGGUCAAGCACCGCUCCAGGCGCUGUGAUAGCCCAAGACCACAGUAUGGUGGAAAGGUUUGUCCGGAUGACAAAGAAGCUCAUAAGAUGUGUAACUUGCAGGAGUGCCACAGGAGGAUAGAGGAGCCGAGAGAGGAGCAGUGCCGUGCCUACAACAGGAUACCAUUCAGGGGCAGGAUGUACAGGUGGACCGCCUACACACAAAUUCAUGACGUGAAAGAGCAGUGCAAGCUAUACUGCCAAGCAGAUGGCUAUAACUUCUUCUACGCAUUGUCGGACGAAGUAAAGGACGGGACCCCAUGUAAUGAUCACUCCAGUGAUAUCUGUGUGCAUGGAAAAUGUCAGCAUGUGGGCUGCGACUACAUUGUGGGAUCCACUGCCUCUAAAGACCAGUGUGGGAUGUGUAUGGGAGACAACUCCACCUGUAAUGUGUUUAAGGGCCAUUUCAAGGAACAACCCAGGAGAAAUACCUAUUUCCCAGUGGUGGUGAUCCCAGGUGGUGCCAGUGGACUGGUUUUCUCUGAGGCAGCCAUCACCCCCAACUACCUGGCCAUCAGAAAUAUAUAUGGUAAAUACUACCUCAACGGAAAUUGGCAGAUGAUGUCGGAUGGGGUGUACGAGAUCGCAGGAACAAAGUUUGUCUAUGAACGUAACUAUCGGGAACCAGAAAGGCUAACGGCUGAAGGUCCAACUACACAGGACAUUGUUCUAGAAAUUCUGGUGCAAGGUGUGAACCCAGGUGUAUCCUACAGGUAUACUCUCCCCAAAGCAUCCACCUACCCGGUCAUCCACAAUUACACAUGGACUGCGAAGCUCUCUGAUUGUGACCAGCCAUGUGCAGGAGGCAAAAGGAUAUCUACCGCGCAUUGUUACCGUGGUGAUGGAGAGGAAGUGUCACCUAGGUACUGUGAUUCGAGAUCGGGACCUCAGACAGGUGUGUCCGCCUGCAACAUCCAUCACUGUGCUCCAAGAUGGUACACAGAGCCCUGGAAGAGGUGCUCUCGACCCUGUGGGGCAGGGAUACAGAAGAGGAAAGUCUACUGCAUGCAGAAAGUCAGCCAAUCAGAGGACAGAAGAGUCAGCAGACGGCGAUGUGACAAACGGCUCAAACCAAAGAAGAGGAUUCCCUGUAACACUCAGGAGUGUCCCCCUGCAUGGUUCGGGGGAAAGUGGUCACAGUGUUCUAAAACAUGUGGCAAAGGAGUUAGGACUAGGGAGGUAUCCUGCCGCAGUAGGACGCUGAAAGGCUGGGUGAUCCUGUCAGACAGCUUCUGUCAACACAAACCUCUCCUGGCCAAGACUAGAGGGUGUCGAGUGAAGAAAUGCCCCCCUGUUAUAGAGCAUCAGUGGAUUCUAUCCUCCUGGUCACAGUGCUCAGUAAGCUGUGGUAUGGGAACAAGAGACCGUCUUCUCAGAUGUGGAGAGAGGAGAGAUGGACAGAGUUGGAAAAUGAUGAACCCCAACCAAUGUAGGAAUCUCAUCAAGCCAAACAGUUCCCUGACCGAGGUCUGUACGACAGCAGAGUGUCCAAGACAACCUAGCUCUUACUGGAAUGUUUCACCCUGGUCACAGUGCUCAGUAACCUGUCACCUGGGUGAACAGACUCGAUUGGUCCAUUGCUUGGAUAAGGUCACACAGGAGUUGUCCUCUGAUUGUAAUGAUACAGAGAAACCUGACUCUAUUAAACUCUGUCUAAGCAAGCCUUGUCCGAAACUAGAUCCAAAUUGUAUAGACAAGUUUAAAUGGUGCUACCUAGUUCCAAAGCACAACAUAUGCAAUCAUCACUUCUAUGGGAAAAAAUGUUGCAAGUCCUGCAACAGCAAGAGAUAAAUAAUGCACCUAUUGAAACAUGUACUAUACAUGUAUAUACAAUGAAAACGAGCAGCCAUAACAGAUCUGUGAUAGGGUACUGCUAAAUUUAGUGUCCAGACAAACUAAGGUAUUAAUUUACUCGCGGAAAACCAAAAACGGUGUCAAAUGGUAUUGAAUUGACCUGGUUACAUUUUGAUGACGUUUCUUGUGCCAGUCUUCAUUCGUUUCAAUGGUGUAAGCAGUUCAUUGCUUCCAAAGAAAGUUGAAUUGAACUAUGAUUUUGGUGUUUAGAAUGAUAUGAUGGAAUGAAUGCAUUCUUGGAUGGUUCUUCUGACUCAUUGCAAUGAUUCUCUCAAGACAGAGUACAUCUCAGGCUAUAUACUGAGCUCUGUGCCUAGAGAUCUAAAAUGCCCUCAACAAACUUUACAAAAACAUGUACUGAAAAUAUAAAAUCAUUUGAUUCAGGACUCAUCUAGCUCUGCUGGAGUGCCAUACAUGUAUGUAUAUAUAUUUUUUAAUAGUUUUGGUGCCAUCCUCCAUUUAUAUUGUACUGAUUUUUAUCAAACAUACAUAUUGUUUUUUAGCUGAAGUUGUGGUAGAGAAAAGUUCACAUUGUAUUGUGUUUAUUUUUCUUCUGCAAUUUUUUCAUACGCAUCAAUGCACAAAUAUGUCUAUUAACAAACUUUUAUUGCACAUCAAAAGCUUUAUGCAAGAUGUAUUUUUUCUAUGUUUAUAUUGCCUAACUAAAUGCAUUGUGGAAUAUUUUACUGUACAUUCUUGACAGGUCUUACAUGUAUAUGCAACCAAUACUUUUAAUUCAGGGAUUUUUAACAUCUUUUUAUUACAUUAUACCUGAUGACAAAUACUCCCUGUGUAAUCAUAGACAAUCUCAUUUUAUAAAUCUUUUUUUUUUUUUAAAGUAAUAUCUUUGCAUGUUCAACCAACUUCAUUACCAGUACAAAUGUACUUGUUAUGUGGGUCUGAAAAAUAUGUGCAAUAACAAAUCUUCAAUACAGUUUGAUAAUAUUUUCUAAAAUUCAUUUACUCAAGUUUCCUUCUCUUACUUUCACCCCAAUAAAAUACCUGUAUUUUAAUAGGGAGUGGCAUUGUUGUCAAAUUGUGUAUCUACAUGUACAUGCAAUUUGGAUAUUAAUCUUUGAUCUACCUGUGGAAUAUAUACCGGGUACCAUAUUUCUGUGUAUAUGUGAAAUUGAUGAGAAAAUAUGAAUUGUAAUGAUAUCUGUAUAGAAUUCAGUAGGGAAUCAAGGAAUACAUGUCCCAUAAAUUGUUGGUAUGCAGAGGUUGUGUCCCCUUUCAUAGAUUCAAAUGGUCUGUCCCCUUAGUCUCCCUUUUAUGUCAAUUGUACAUCUU